AUGCCUGGCCACCGCCGGUCGAGCCCCUCCCUGCUUCGGCUGGGACGGGGCAGCCUCCUCGAGGCCCCCGCGGUCGAGCCCCCUCCCCCUCCUCCGGCGGCCCUGGGCGGGACAGCAGCCAUUCCUGGCCACCGCCGGUCGAGCCCCUCCCCCUGCUUCGGCUGGGACGGGCAGCCUCUCCUGGCCACCGCCGGUCGAGCCCCUCCCCCUGCUUCGGCUGGGAUGGGUAGCCUCCCCUGCCCACCGCCGUUCGAGACCCUCCCCCUGCUUCGGCAGGAACGGGCAGCCUCUCCUGGCCACCGCCGGUCGAGCUCCUCCCCAUGCUUCAGUUGGGACGGGCAGCCUCUCCUUGCCACUGCUGGUGGAGCCCCUCCCCCUGCUUCGACUGGGAUGGGCAACCUCUACUGGCCUCCGCCGGUCGAGCCUUUCCCGUUGCUUUGCGGGGGCGGGCUACCUCUCCUGGCCUCUGCCAGUCAAGCCCUUCCCCCUGCUUCGUGUGGAUAG